GGGCCUGGCACCGGAGGCACCGCCCGGCACACACAGCACCGUGAGUCCGUCUGCCACAGCUGGCAGGGGGCUCCUCCCCAGAGGCAGCGCAGAGGGGCCAGGGCAGAGGGGGACGCUGGACCUGGGGACUAGGAGCUGCUGGCUCUAGGUGACAGGGAAGAGGAGAGGUGGCUGUGGCAGUAGUGGAGGAGGCUCCGAUCCACUGAGGGAUAACCCAGUGCAAAACACUGUGCAGGCUGCCAUGGACGGGGCCCCGCCGCCCCCCAGCCCCGCCGGGCUCUCCGCCUACGUGGCCGUGUCGCAGCUGCUGGGGCUGACGCUCCUGGCCACCACAGGGGCCUGGCUGGGCCGCUACCGGGGCGGCGUGGGCUGGCACAGCCCGCUGCAGUUCAACGCGCACCCGCUGUGCAUGGUGCUGGCCAUGGUGUUCCUGCAAGGCGACGCUCUCCUGGUGUACCGUGUGUUCAGGCACGAGGCCAAGCGCUCCACCAAGGCACUGCACGUGCUGCUGCAUGGGCUGGCACUGCUCAUCGCCCUCGUGGGCAUCAUCGCUGUCUUCGAGUCACACCGGGCUAAGGGCAUCCCUGACAUGUACAGCCUGCACUCCUGGUGUGGGAUGGCCACCUUCGUGCUCUACCUCCUGCAGUGGGUCCUGGGCUGCGGUUUCUUUCUGUUCCCCGGUGCCUCCUUCUCGCUGAGAGGGUGGUACAAGCCCCAGCACAUCUUCUUUGGCAUCACCCUCUUCAUCCUCUCCAUCACCUCCUGCUUGCUGGGCAUUACUGAGAUGCUUCUCUUCAAAAUCAGUGACUCCUACAGCCACUUUGUGCCUGAGGGCAUCCUGGCCAACACCCUGGGGGUGCUGCUGGUGGCCUUCGGGCUGGUGGUGGGUUACGUGCUGACACGGGAGGAGUGGAAGCGCCCACCGCUGGCAGAGGAGCUGGCCCUGUCCAUGGACUUCAAGACCUUGACAGAGGGAGAGAGCCCUGGUGGUGGGAGCCAGUGACAUCAGCAGCUCCUGGUCUCCAGCACGGGCUCCUUGUGAUGUCUGAAAUGUUCCUGUGCCCCUCGUCCCUGGGGGUCUGCACCUCUGCCCGGCCCAGGGUGACGAGGACAGCCGGGGAAGGACACGCUCGGUGCAACGCUGGACUCACACUCGCUUGGCCUUAAUCCUCCAAAGCUCUGCCCUGCCCC